AUGUCAUCUUCAAGUUUCAACGACACAUAUGAAAAGUUCGGUAAUUUCACUAAUGGAACAGCUGGCAAUAAUACACAAAAUGAAAAUGUUCUAACAAAAAAGGUCUCUGUAUAUACGCCUUUAAUAUAUGUUUCCAUUCUAAUUAUUUCCUUGUUAAUAUUUGGAUCUAAAUACAAGAAAAAUCAACAAAUUAAGAAAAAUCAAUUGCCCUCUAUAUUUGACAAUGAUGAACCCAGAAAUUUAUACUAUCAAUUGAAACAAAUGGAUGGAAUACAUGAAAAAGUGUUACAGGCUGCACUAUUAAAUAGAGGCGCUGAGGCGGUUAGAAGAUCCUUUAAAUUAAAAGAAGCAGGCCCCCAAUUUGAAAUUCUGUAUAAGACAGGUGCUAUGGGUGAUGAUUAUUAUGAAAGGUGCCAACGUGAAGUUAAAAUCGUUGAAGCUGAAUUUAAAAGUUGUUUACAAGAAGCAGAGAUGAUGCAAAAGGGAUGGGCUCAGAAUUAUGUUGCAUUGUGUAGAGAAAUUUGUUUUACUGAGGCUUUGAGAAGACGUUACGCCAGCAUUCCAAAAAGAUGUCUUUUAUAUAAGAAAAUAGUUAGCGCAUAA